AUUUAACGUGAAGAUCAAUUGAAUUAAUCGAGUGAAGCAACAUCGACAGUGAAUGGUACAAUCAACAGUCAGGAUGACGCUUUAUUUAUAUUGCGGAUUGCUCUUGGUGAUGCAAGGGUUAACAUCAGUGAUUUGUACAGCCAGUAAUGGGGGUCCAGUUUAUGUUAAUGCUGUGAAAGCUGCACCACCGGCACCGGUUGUCCAAGCUACAAUUUCUGCAGGCGACCAAAAUCGCAUUACACAGACAGUUUAUGGAUUCCUUGAUUUUACUACAACCAUUGGUAAUACAGUUAUGGUGUUUUCGCCGCAGAGUGCAUCUCCGGCAGGAACUCCAAAGGUCGAACAAACAACAAAAGCUGCGACAGUAACAGUGAUUCAAACAAAACCUACUGAAUCUCAAAAACCUACAACACAAAAAGCUCCUAUAGAAAUUAUCAAACCCAGCAAACCUAUCGUCAAGUCAAGCACUGAAAAGAAAGAAUCUAAGAAGACUAAUAUAGAAAUCGUAAAACCUCAACCACAAGCUCAAGCAAAACCACCAAAUGUUGAAAUCGUGUCCAGCUUUGUAGAGGUUCGGGCUGAAACCAAAACUCCCAAGGUUGUUAGUCGAGUGGAAGUUGUCGAAGGUACUGAAAGCUCGUCAAUUGCUUCAUCCAAGGUAGAAGUAGUCGUCAACAACGGAGCCACCGUUACUCCACAAUUGCCACAAAAAAAUAUCGUGUACUCCAGUGUCAUUGAGGUACGAAGUUCAGGAGAAGAUCAUGAUGUGCCAGUGGUCCUAAAUAACAUCGGGGAGCCUGAAUAUGACUAUUUGUCAAGACAACCUGCCCAAAUUGUUGAUGAGAGUUAUAGAAUUAUUGAUUUGAAACGUCCUCCUGGUGGCAGUAGCGGUAAUGUUCCACAGUCUCAAAAUAAACCACAAUCGAAACAUAGACCAGCAGAUUCUGGUAAAAACCGUCCUAAUCCAAGUCAACAGGCCCAAAUACAUCCAACUGGACUUGUCACUCGUUUGGGCGGUACUGUAGUAAAAGAAGGUGUCACAACUGUCCACGAAACAAGCGUUAUCGGCACAUACAUAAAUGGCAAAUACGCACAAGUGCUUCAAAGUACCUCGAGAAUUUAUCAAGAGGGAUCUAAACCUAAGCCAACCCCCUCGAAUUCAGGGCAACCGCGUAUUUUGAAGACCGCAGCACCACAUCUUCAACAGCAAAUAAAACAACAGAAGCACCAUCAGGUCAACUCAGAGCACUCUGCUACUGGUCCAGAUGGAGCUUUACCACUUGAAGCACUUUUCCAAGGCAGUCAAGCCGACCAAACGCGUACACCACGCAAACCUUCAGUGCCAACAGCCGGAGGAGGCAAUUAUAAAAAUCGCCUUCGUCCUGGUAAGAACCAGUCGCCAUCUAACACUUUCCAGAAGCAGUCUCAGGACGAAAAUAACGACAGACAACCCGAUAUUGCGCCAUCGUCGACUAAAAAAGCUGCGCGCCGAACCUCACAAGGGCGCUAUAGCAAUCGUUUUGGUCGUACACAGCAAUCCGAAUUAGCAACAGUUUCCGUAUUUUCUGAACAAUCUGUAGCAAGUUCUACAAGGCGACCCAAAUCAGGAGCACGUUUCGGUAAAUCCAACGGCAAUAAUCAUCAGCAAUCUCCCAUCAGCGAAUCUGCUCCUUCUUCUGCCUCAAGAAGAUCUUAUAAGCCAAAACCAACGCCAGCUGAGCAAUCUUCUAACGUUGCAGACACUACUAGCCUAUAUAAGUUCAAACUCAAUAGGGCCCCCGGCAGAUGGCAGUACAAAACAACACCGAAACCUAGGGUUACUAUUAGGAAACAAAUAGUUGACGAACCUCAUCCAGCUACCCCAUCUACUUUACCUUCCGACGGAUCUGGGAAUUCUGGUGCGGCUAUAUCAGAUCCUCAAGUGAUCUCCGACGCUGAAGAUUUAGAAUCAUCAAGUUCUCAACAUGGAUCUAGAUUAUCAGACGAUAUCGACGAAACCGCAGAUAACGCUAUCGAUGAUCCGUUUCCAGUACAAACUAUUAAAAUAGCAAUUUCUACUCCAGUCGAUUUCCAAAAUGUUUAUUUUGAAAUCGCCACAAUUAAGUCGCCUUACACAUUCCAGGUUGGAACGUUAAAAAAUACACGUUACGUAACAGUCACUUCAACCUUCGAAAAAUUCCUGGUGGAACCAACAGCAAAUCCUCAAAUAGCUCCGACAUCAGUUAUCCCGGGUGAACCUCUCACCGAAGAUAUCCUUGCAACAGCUACUGUAGCUCCAGCAGCCAGUCAGCAGCAUAUUGGGCGUCACUUAGCUGAUACUGGAAUCGCCACUUUGCCACCUUUGUUAUUACCAAGUGAUGCUGAAACGCCACCUCUUGAGACCAUGACCGAAACGUUUAGUACUGCUGAACGUGUACUCAAAACUCACGUGUUACCCAUUGUAAGAAACGCAACUACUUCAAAAAUAACGUUGGUACAGACAUACGAUGUUACCAGAUUGGUAACGGCAACAAAAACCUUACCGCCUGCUGAAGCAUAUCAUUUCGUUCCAUCGCGAGCAUUAACUGAAUUCGACAGUGGUUUAGAUGAAGCAGGAUCAGAAUUACAUUUGGCGCUUGACUUCAGUGAAGAUGGGGAUGAAAACGAAAGACGUGAUGCUGUUAAGGUACUGCCCGCAGACUUAGACUUAGCCAACAUCGGUUCAGAUUUUAACUUAUCCGAAGUUGACAAAACAAACAAUGGUUCAAACAAAAAGCCUAUUGGUCCUCCUAAAACACAACCUUCAACAACCCAAGCACCUCGUCCUGCCGAACCUCAGUUGACACCAGAACAACUUCAACAACUCGCUCUGCUGAGAUUCUUGAAUCCUGCGGCCGCAGCUACGCCUCAGCUGAUAACCUCAUCUAAACCAGUAGUGCGUUUAGAAACAGUGUACGAAUCCCAUGUGAUUCCUUUAUUCGACGGCGCAAAUACCAUAUUUAGUACCAUUUCUCGACCUGUGGCAACUGUUACUAAAACCGAUUAUGAAGUUGUAACAAGCACAGCUGCCGCGAUUAUACCACCAGUUUUGCCACCUAAUCCACUGUUCCCGCAAUUGCCAAAUCAGCAAUUCCAAAUUACUUCUACUCCCAUAGUGACUCAAGCGAUUGUUACGGCUACCGACAGCAAGGUGUUGAAAUUAACAUUUGGAGCUAAAACUGCUUAUACGACAUUAUAUUCAACACGUGUAGUUCCCACCUUGGUCACCACCUAUCUCACAGCAUCAGUACCAUUUGUUCAACCAACGGCGGCAGCUUUUCCAGGAUAUUUCCCUGCACCGUAUCCAGGUUUUCCAUUUGUGGGUUAACAAGAUACCAUUUUAUAAGAAUAAGAUA